AAAAUACGAAAGAAAUUAUUUAUUUAUUUUUGUGGGUUUUGCUUAAAGAAAAUAUAUAUAAAAUACAAUAAAUUGUCGUUAUAAUUCAGUAAUAAUUUCGAUUGUCAAAAUAGCAACAAUAAAGCAAUACAGAAAUCCAGAAGAGAAUCUGGAGGGAGACGAUAACGGUAUAGUGGAUAUAGUGGAAGAGAACGAGCAAGUUACGAUGGCAGCCAACGAUUCUGGUGUGGACACAAGCAACGAUAGUAACGAUGGUGUAACAGCCGGUAUAAUGAUAACACCGCCGCCGCCAGUAAUGCCGCCGACACCUACCUCGUCGCCUAAUACGCACGAAUGGCCAAAUAUCAAUCCAAACGCAUUCCAUCUAAAUUCGGAUGAUCAUUUCGCGUUACCACACUUGCCGCCGCUGCCGUUGAACAAUUCUUCAACGACAUCAUCCUCAUCUGAAUAUUUGCCCAGUAUCAUCCAUCCAAGUACCCUGCCCUCCAGCAGUCACAGCUUUAAGAUGCGUCCUCGUACAUGUAUUAAAAGUCGCUUGCGUUUCAGUUACAACAAUAUAUUUGCCGAAUCUACAGGACGCAAAUUGCGGUAUGCCGCCUCCACCAAUAAUAUCGAAUUGCUUACUCGAGUUUUAGAGUCCGGUGCUGAUCCAAACGCCGCCGAUGAGCAUAAACGUAGUCCCCUGCAUUUGGCUGCUUGUCGCGGUUACUUACAGAUUGUACAGCAGUUGCUUAAAUUCGGAGCGAAUCCAAAUGUUGUAGAUUCCGUCGGCAACACGCCAUUACAUUUGGCUGUUAUAUCGGCAAGUUCAAACAAUUUUAACCUUAUUGUAUGCGUUCUGCUUCAAGGCGGCGCAAGUGUUCAUAUGUUCGAUCGAGGUGGUAAAUCACCGCUUGAGUUAGCAGAAGCCAAGUUACGCUUACUGCGCACUCGUUAUGAGCAGCCUACACCAGAAAAUAGCAAGAUCCUAGAAGAUAUGUGUAUGCUGAUUACACUGAUCCUGCGUUACAUGGUCAAACAACAGCGCGAACUGGAUGAUCUUUCGGCUUUGGAGAAACGCUUGCAAAAUUUAAGUACUAGCGAUGAUCAGGAACAGGUAGUUUCGCAGACUGCUGAUGAAUUGCUCGCUAGUGUUGAGCGUCUGUCUUUAAACAAAUAAACUUAGCAGAUCGUACAGAUCUGAACAAAUAAAACUUUUGCUCUCAUCCAUAUAUUUGUAGCUACUGUAGGCUGUUUUCGUUUUUUUAUCCGACGCAGUUUGUUUUCUUUUUUAUUAUUAUUAUUAUUAUUAUUAUUAUUAUUAUUACUAUUAUUAUUAAAAAGAGGAAACUUUGCUGUCACAUUCAACAAUGCUGUGGAUGGUUACAAAAAUAAUUGGUAAAAAUCCUGCAAUUAACAGUAUAUACGUACACGAUACAAAAAUUUCGUGUUAUUACUGAUUUUAUAUUAUUUUAUGUUAUUAUUCUAUUAUAUAUUUUAUUUGAUAUAACUUUCAUUAAUCCUAUUAUUUUUAAAUAUAUAUAUAUAAAUAACAUUUCAUGUAGUAAAUAAGUUUUAGAACCUACAUCAAGUUAACGCGCCUUGCAUUCAAAGCAAUUUGUUUAUCAUUCUCACAUCCUUCGAUAUUUUAUGGAUAAAAAUGUGUUAAAAUUUGUAGAUUCUUAUACAAACACUUAUAUAUUUGCCGUAUAAACAUAUACGUUGAACAUAUGUGCAGGUAUAAAAAAAAAAAAUAAAAUAAAAAAUACUAAUAAACUAAAUUAAAACAAUAUGCUUAACCAUCCUGC